AUGGUUGCGCAGGCCGAUGCAUGUGGAGACCCAGAAGCAGUGGUGAUCGAAGCGCAGCACACAGCGGCCGCAGUCGUAGCAGUGCUUGGCGCGCACUGGUUGCUGCACUCGGCAGUACGGGCACCACCGCCGCGCACUGCUGGGAUUGAGAAGGGGCAGCAGCAACAAUCUUGCCCCUCCUUCCCUCCCUUCAACACCCCCUCCCUCCCCCUCUUCUCCCCCAUCACCCUUAUUUCCCACCCUCGCAGCACCCCACGCCCGUGCCCCACAGCAGCUACGUCCCUCCCACUCUCCCUCUGCAGCCUCCGCCCCUCUCUCUACGUCAUCGCACGGUGCAUCCGCCCCAUCACCACACCAGCGGCACCCCCUGUCCCCGCACCACCUGCACCCCACGUGCCCGCACCACCGGCAGCCGGGCAGGCAGGGGGCGAGCAGGGCCCCUGGGCCCUGCUCGCCCCCUGCCUGCCCGGCUGCCGGUGGUGCGGGCACGUGGGGUGCAGGUGGUGCGGGGACAGGGGGUGCCGCUGGUGUGGUGAUGGGGCGGAUGCACCGUGCGAUGACGUAGAGAGAGGGGCGGAGGCUGCAGAGGGAGAGUGGGAGGGACGUAGCUGCUGUGGGGCACGGGCGUGGGGUGCUGCGAGGGUGGGAAAUAAGGGUGAUGGGGGAGAAGAGGGGGAGGGAGGGGGUGUUGAAGGGAGGGAAGGAGGGGCAAGAUUGUUGCUGCUGCCCCUGCCAGCACAGCCAUCUCGACUCACAGCAGCGCAGUCAAAUUUCCUCGUCUCCCAAUUCAGGUCUCCCCACCACUCCCUCCCUCUCGCGCACACCACGUCAUCUCUCUCUUGCCUCCUGCGCUGCAUCUCUUGCAACCCCCCAUCUCUCUGCAAUAGCUUCCGACACUCUCUCCUGCCCAUGGUAGUGCCUACCUCAAGUUCCUCCCUCCACUCCCCCCCCCACCUUCUCAAUCCCAGCAGUGCGCGGCGGUGGUGCCCGUACUGCCGAGUGCAGCAACCAGUGCGCGCCAAGCACUGCUACGACUGCGGCCGCUGUGUGCUGCGCUUCGAUCACCACUGCUUCUGGGUCUCCACAUGCAUCGGCCUGCGCAACCAUGCGCGCUUCUGGUAA